GUUCUUUUUAGGAAUGCUAUCUAAUCUAUUCAGAUGAGAACCUGAGCAUGAGAGAUCACCUUGAAUCUUAUCCUUGUCUAUGCAUUUGAAAUUGUUAGCCAGAGAAUUUGGUUUGUUAUCUUCACCUGUUAUGUUGUUUAAACCCUCAAAUGGAAUGACCUUUGAUUACAGGGAAAUAACUAAAUAAAACCAAUUGUGGGUUGAAUGUCUCAUGACUGACGUGUACUUUGAGCUGCAGCAGGAACAUAUAAACAGUUGCCGAAAUCAGCAAAGUAAACCACAGAGACUAAAUUGAUCUGAACAGCAUGAAGAUUUUUUUCCUCCUAGUGGCUUUUGAGCUUUGUUGGGCUCAGUACAACCCAAAUACAAAGACUGGAAGGACCUCUAUUGUCCACCUCUUUGAAUGGCGUUGGGCUGACAUUGCUCUGGAGUGUGAGCGCUAUCUAGCACCUAAUGGAUAUGGUGGAGUUCAGAUCUCCCCUCCAAAUGAAAACAUUGUCAUUACAAAUCCAUGGAGGCCAUGGUGGGAAAGAUACCAGCCCAUCAGCUACAAACUAUGUUCACGAUCUGGGAGUGAGAAUGAAUUCAUAGACAUGGUCACCAGAUGCAACAAUGUUGGAGUGCAUAUCUAUGUUGAUGCUGUAGUCAACCACAUGUGCGGAUCUGGAGGUGGAGAAGGCACACAUUCUACUUGUGGAAGCUAUUUUAAUACUGGUACCCGUGACUUUCCUGCUGUCCCUUAUUCAGCCUGGGACUUCAAUGAUGGGAAAUGCAGAACUCAGAGUGGAGAGAUUGAAAAUUACAAUGAUGCUUACCAGGUCCGUGAUUGUCGCCUUGUUAGUCUUCUUGACCUUGCUCUGGAGAAGGACUACGUGCGCUCCACAGUUGCUAACUUUAUGAACCGCCUGAUUGACAUUGGAGUAGCAGGAUUUCGAAUUGACGCUUCCAAACAUAUGUGGCCUGGGGACAUGAAAGCAUUUUUAGACAAGCUAAAGAAUCUGAACACAAGUUGGUUUCCUGAAGGAACAAAGCCAUUCAUCUUUCAAGAGGUAAUUGAUAUGGGUGGAGAGGCCAUCUCAGCCAGUGAAUACUUCGGAAAUGGCCGGGUAACAGAAUUCAAAUAUGGUGCAAAAUUAGGGACAGUCAUUCGUAGGUGGAAUGGAGAAAAGAUGGCUUAUCUAAAGAACUGGGGUGAAGGUUGGGGUUUCAUGCCUUCUGACAAAGCUCUGGUUUUUGUGGAUAAUCAUGAUAACCAGAGAGGACAUGGUGCUGGAGGAGCUUCCAUUUUGACUUUUUGGGAUCCUAGACUCUACAAAAUGGCAGUUGGUUUCAUGCUUGCUCACCCUUAUGGUUUUACACGAAUCAUGUCAAGUUUCCGUUGGUCAAGGAAUUUUGUGAAUGGAAAGGAUGUUAAUGACUGGAUUGGACCUCCAAGCAAUUCUGAUGGCUCAACUAAGUCAGUUACCAUUAAUCCAGACACAACUUGUGGCAAUGAGUGGGUCUGUGAACAUCGAUGGCGUCAAAUAAGGAAUAUGGCUAUUUUCCGUAAUGUUGUUGAUGGACAGGCAUUUACCAAUUGGUGGGACAAUAACAGCAAUCAAGUGGCAUUUGGUCGUGGCAACAAAGGAUUCAUUGUCUUUAAUAAUGAUGACUGGAACUUGUCUGAAACACUCCAAACCGGCCUUCCUGCAGGCACAUAUUGUGAUAUCAUUUCGGGUGAGAAGGAGGGGAACAGCUGCACUGGAAUCAGAAUUGACGUCCAAGGUGAUGGCAAAGCUUAUUUUCAGAUCAGCAACAGUGCUGAAGACCCCUUUGUUGCAAUUCACGUUAAUGCAAAAUUAUAAUUCUGCCCAGACAAAUGUUCAUCCUUGAUCUGGCUUUUCUAAACAAUUGGAGUGAUGCAGAAUAAUACAGAAUUUUUAAAAUAUAGAAUAAAUGGCUGUAAUGUUCAA